GAAAAUUGUCGUUAAUUAUCUGAUAUAGUAAAAGAUACCUUAACAUGCUUUUCCAGGUUGUAUUUCCCCUGUAUCUGUCAAUCAGGGACCUGACCAGUGGCACAAAAUUAUACCUUAUUGCCAAUGGAAACUAUCAGUCCCCUAUUGACAUUAAAACCAAGAAAGAUCCAUCUCUGGCGCAUCUCAAGAUCACCUGGAAUUUGAGCACCUGCAAAGAGAUUGUCAACGUUGGACACUCCUUCCAUGUGAACUUUGAGGACAAGGAUAACCGAUCAGUGGUGACCAGUGGACCUCUGACUGGAAACUACAGGCUGCAUCAGUUUCACUUUCACUGGGGCCAGACUGAGGACCAUGGCUCUGAGCACACUGUGGACGGAGCAAAAUAUGCCGCAGAGCUUCACCUGGUUCACUGGAAUUCAGACAAAUAUUCAAUUUUUGCUGAGGCUUCAGAUAAGCCUGACAGUUUGUCAGUCAUUGCUGUUUUUCUGAAGGUUGGUCCCCCUAAUGAACAUGUGCAGGAAAUUGUGAAGGCAUGACGUUCCAUAAAGACUAAGAUAAACAUCACAGCACGGUC